AUGGAGCGAGUUGUGAUUGUCGGCGCAGGUCUUUACGGUCUCAUUGCAGCGAAGACAUAUCUACAGGUUCUCGGGGCAUAUGACGAAGACACAGCCGAAAGUACCGAGAUCCCUGAACUUCCUGCAUGUUUUACAGAAAAUCUCGAGAGGUCCACAAAAGCGACCGAAUGUCGUCUUCUUGUGAUUGACUCGGCCUCGGACAUCGGGGGGACUUGGUCGGAGGAGCGCCUUUAUCCCAACUUGUUAAGCCAGAACUCCUAUGGGCUGUAUGAGUUCAGCGACCUUUCUCUCUCCGACGUUGUUCCCGAGGAACAUGAGGAUGAUGCAAGAAACCAGUUCAUUGCUGGCUGGAAGAUCAAUCACUAUCUUCAUACUUGGGUUGAUAAAUGGAAGCUUAAAAAGCACAUUCGACUGAACUGGACGGUUGACGAUAUCAGCCGUCUUGAGAGCAGAGAGUGGAAGCUCAAUAUCAGUGUUUCCACAACCCCAGGGCGGCAUAUCGCCUUAAUUUGCGAUAAAUUGGUCCUAGCUACGGGAUUGACCUCGGUCCCAAACGUGCCGGACAUAAACGGAUCGUUAUUGGCCUCUGGGAGUCCUGCCCGAGUCAUUCACGCCAAGGACGUUGGACAUUGGGCUCGAGAGCAUAUGGGAUACCGGCCGCUGAGAGAACCAGAGUCUGAGGCCGUGAGUGUUCCAGUCAAUGAAUCUCCUUAUGCGCAAUUGAGAUCAGUUGCCAUUUAUGGUGGUGCAAAAUCUUCUUUUGAUCUUGUCCACUUCUUUGCAACUUUGCAUCGUAACGAUUCAAAGCUGCACCUCAAGUCUAGACAGGAAAAGCCAGUUGAAGUGCACUGGAUAAUCCGCGACCGAGGUGUAGGGCCAGCUUGGAUGGUGCCGCCAAUGUCCACUCUCCCAAAUGGUGACACGGUUGCAAGCGACAAGGCUGCAAGCACCCGCUUGCUCACUCAUCUUACCCCUUGCUGCUAUGAGACUCCAAUGCGGCUGUCACUCGGACCCUCAGGGACUCUUCAUUGGGAAGGCUCAUGGCUGGCGCGGCUAUUACAUGGUAAUCCCCUAGGUCGGUGGUGGAUUCGUUGGUUCUGGCGAUCAGUCGAUAGAGGCCUGGAGAAAACAGCACAGUAUGACUCGGACCCGAAGAUGGCAAAGCUACGGCCAGAGAACAGUGUUGUCUCGUGCACAUCUGGCAUUGGGAUCGCGAACCAAGGUGACCUCUGGGAGGCUAUUAGGUUACCGCAUGUCAAUGUCUAUCGAUCGGAAAUCGCAGAUAUUGUGACGAACAGCGCAGAUGAACCCAUGGAUUCAGCGACAAAGGUUGCAGUGCAUUUGGCGGAUAACAAUCGCAUUGAUGAGCUUGAUCUUGUUAUCCACGCAACCGGAUAUAAGCCAAUCGUCCCAAUACGAUUGGAACCUCCAAGUCUCCGCUUGAGAUUAGGCUUAUCGGCCUUGGUAGACGCAGACUUGGGGAAUCGGGAGAUCCUCGAAAGUCCGUUAAUUCCAGCAGAGUCACCAGAGCGAAUUGUUGGGCCCCUUGAAACAACCAUAAAGGAUGGCAUUGAACACUGGGAUGGUCUUGAUCGACAAUCCGAGAUCAUGGUCCGGAAGACUUUGCAUUCAACGAAAUGUGCCCUUCCAGAUCGUAAUCCUCCCUCAUGGGCUAGGUCCCACAAGCUGGUGCCAUAUCGAUUGUUCCGCCGUAUGGUUGCCCCUGAGUUGGUCGCGCAAGGUGAUCGCUCGUUUGCUACGGUCGGAAUAAUUUUGUCAUCGACGAUUGCGGUUGUUGCAGAGGUUCAAGCCCUUUGGGUGGCGGCAUUUCUGACAGGAGAGCUCGAGGGACCGGAGGACACGAAGCCAAUCCCAAGCAAAACGCUGUCCCUUGCGAAUCUUUCUAUUGAAGAGAUGAAGGCAGCUAUCUCGGAGGAUGUGGUUCUGGGCUCAAUGACAGGGACUGGUCUUGAAGUCGAUGCUAUCCAAUACAAUGACAUGCUCAUGCGAGAUCUGGGGCUGAACCCAUACCGGCUUGGAGGAGGAUUGUACACAGAGUUGACCGGCGUGUAUGGGCCUUCAGCAUAUGCUGGAAUUGUAGACGAAUGGAGGAGGAGCCGAGGUCUGGUUGCGAAGCAACUAUAG